CCCGCCAUGCCUGAGCUUCCCACCCCCUCCGUGGGCUCCUGUGAGGCCCAAGCCUCCUCAACAAGUGCCACCCCCUGCUCCACAGUGCCCAGUCCCAUCAACCACCCAAGGGCUGAGGAGUGCAGGUGCAUGGCGCAGGACUGGAAGGCAGCUCCAUCUGCAGCCCUGGUGCGGAAUCCACUGGGUGAAGCCAGCUGGGCUUCUGAGUCUGGUGGGGAUGUGGAGAAACUUUAUGUCUAGCUCAGGGAUUCUAAAUAUACCAAUCGGCACUCUGUAUCUAGCUCAAGGUUUGUAAACACACCAAUCAGCACCUUGUUUCUAGCUCAGGGUUUGUGAAUGCACCAAUUGACACUCUGUAUCUAGCUACUCUGGUGGGGCCUUGGAGAACCUUUGUGUGGACACUCUGUAUCUAGCUAAUCUGGUGGGCACGUGGAGAACCUUUGUGUCUAGCUCAGGGAUUGUAAACCCACCAAUCAGUGCCCUGUCAAAACAGACCACUCGGCUCUACCAAUCAGCAGGAUGUGGGUGGGGCCAGAUAAGAGAAUAAAAGCAGGCUGCCCAAGCCAGCAGUGGCAACCCACUCGGGUCCCCUUCCACACUGUGGAAGCUUUGUUCUUUCACUCUUUUCAAUAAAUCUUGCUACUGCUCACUCUUUGGGUCCACACUGCUUUUAUGAGCUGUGAAACUCACCGCGAAGGUCUGAAGCUUCACUCCUGAAGCCAGCGAGACCACGAACCCACCAGAAGGAAGAAACUCCGAACACAUCUGAACAUCAGAAGGAACAAACUCCAGAUGCGCCACCUUAAAAGCUGUGACACUCACCGUGAGGGUCUGCGGUUUCAUUUUUGAAGUCAGUGAGACCAAGAACCCACCAAUUCCGGACACAUUAUUCCUGAUUCUACCUUGCUACUUAUUAUUGCUCAAUGGCACCUGUUUUGCAUGGAGACAAGCACAUGCGAGAAAAAGUUGUAAAAGUGGAAGCAAAUGUGGUCUCAGAAGAGGACUGAGAAAAACUUAGACCUCUCUGGAAAAGCCUCUAUGGAAUUCAUCAUCUGCAGUCUUUGUUGUAGCUACACAUAUAAAUACACGUUGAAUGCACUUGUUGAGGAUAUUGUGGCUUCUAACGCUGAACUUAAAAAGUGUUGAGAUGAAUAAUGAAGAGGACCUUCUGCAGGAGGACUCAACAAGAGAUGAAGGCAAUGAGACUGAAGCCAACAGCAUGAACACAUUAAGAAGGACAAGGAAGAAAGUCACUAAACCACAUAUUUGUUCAACUGAAGUGGGAGAAACGGAUAUGUCCAAUUCAAAUGAGAGGAUCAGAAACCAAAUGGUGUGCCACAAAUUAGGGAACACAAGCAAACCUGUCAUAGGACCUGGCUCUGCUGAGUCUCAUCUGUCAUAUGAUGACAAGGACUCUCAGGAUGAGACAACAGUGAUAAAACCUUUGCCCCCCAGAACAACAACCAAUGUUCCUGGAGGUGAAUUUAACCCAAACUCUGAUUGCAUGAGGGACAGCAGUCAAAUUUUGACCCCACCUCAACUCUCUUCUAGAAUGAAACACAUUAGACAAGCCAUGGCCAAAAAUCGCCUCCAGUUUGUACGAUUUGAAACAACAGACCUCCACGGCGUGUCCAGGUCUAAGACUAUCCCUGCACACUUUUUUCAAGAGAAAGUGAGCCAUGGUGUUUGCAUGCCCCGAGGUUAUCUUGAAGUGAUACCAAAUCCUAAGGACAAUGAAAUGAAUCACAUAAGAGCCACAUGCUUUAAUAGCGACAUAGUCCUAAUGCCAGAGUUAUCAACCUUUAGAGUUUUGCCAUGGGCUGACAGAACUGCAAGAGUGAUAUGUGAUACCUUCACUGUGACUGGUGAGCCUCUUUUGACUUCCCCAAGGUACAUUGCAAAGAGGCAGCUGAGCCAGCUGCAGGCCUCUGGCUUUUCCCUGCUUUCUGCUUUCAUCUAUGAUUUUUGCAUUUUUGGUGUGCCCGAAAUUUUAAAUUCAAAGAUUAUAUCUUUUCCUGCUUCAGCAUUUUUAAAUAACCAUGAUCAGCCCUUCAUGCAGGAACUUGUUGAUGGCUUGUAUCACACUGGAGCCAAUGUCGAGAGUUUUUCCUCCUCUACCAGGCCUGGUCAGAUGGAAAUCUCUUUCCUGCCUGAAUUUGGCAUUAGCUCAGCUGAUAAUGCAUUUACCCUCAGAACAGGUGUCAAAGAAGUGGCAAGGAAAUAUAACUACAUUGCCAGCUUCUUCAUUGAGACUGGAUUUUGUGAUUCAGGGAUUUUGUCUCAUAGUCUCUGGGAUGUCGAUAGGAAGAAAAACAUGUUCUGCAGCACUUCUGGAACUGAGCAGCUCACGAUCACUGGGAAAAAAUGGUUGGCAGGACUCUUGAAGCACUCUGCUGCGCUCAGCUGCCUGAUGGCGCCUUCUGUUAGCUGCCGAAAGCGUUAUUCCAAGGACAGGAAAGACCUGAAGAAGAGUGUGCCUACAACAUGGGGAUACAAUGACAACAGCUGUAUAUUUAAUAUCAAAUGUCAUGGAGAGAAAGGCACCCGGAUAGAAAAUAAACUAGGCUCAGCAACAGCAAACCCUUACUUGAUGCUGGCUGCAACUGUUGCUGCUGGCUUAGAUGGACUUCAUAGCAGUAAUGAGGUCUUGGCUGGUCCAGAUGAGAGCACAGACUUUUACCAAGUAGAACCUUCUGAGAUCCCUUUAAAACUAGAAGAUGCCCUUGUGGCACUGGAAGAAGAUCAAUGCCUGAGACAGGCUCUAGGAGAAACCUUUAUUCGAUAUUUUGUUGCCAUGAAGAAAUAUGAGUUGGAGAAUGAAGAAAUAGCUGCAGAGAGAAAUAAAUUCUUAGAGUAUUUUAUUUAGAAUAGAGCUCACAACUACUCCUUUAGACAUGUAAUUGUUACUUAAAGCUAAUCUACCAAAACAAAAAGACUGAACUUUUGUAAUUAACAACAGCAACAAUAACAAGAUUACGAAUGAUUUUGACUUUUUUUUUUGUCCAUGGAAUAUUUGACAGAUGAAGUAGGACUGCUGAGAAGAUUCUGAUAACAGAAACAAACAACAAAGUUGUGGUGAAGCUAUAAUAUGCAAACUUACCAGAUCUUGUCAGUUAGUCAUUUCCUAUGUGUAUGUUGACCUGGAUAAGAAUAUCCAAUUUUGGGCGGCAAUAAAUAUAUUUGCACAUUAAGAAAAAAAAGACUUAAGCAUUAGAAAGCAAAAUUUAAAUGACUAAAAAAGAAAAAAAAGAAAAGGAGAAAAAAUUUUAAUGGUACACAUAGGUUAUGAUUUCCAGGGAGACAAAUAUACUAAUAUAGUCUCGCUAAUCAAAUAAUAUUGUGAAUCCAGGUUGUAUGCACCAUUAUGGUCUUUCUAAACAAGUUAAAUAAACUUUUGCCAAAAUAUAAUGACAGGUAGGCAGUUUUCCCCUAAGUCUCUUCUCUUUUCACCCUUCUCCACUAGCUCCUGAAAAGCUUAUGAACUUCAAGGUUAUAAUGUCCUCAAGAAACAAAUCCCUAAGGAAUAGAAUUGGAGCUGGGAGCAACGAGGUCAGAUUUUAAAAGUAGUUAAAGCCUUUCUUUUAACAAUGCCUCAUAUAGAAGUUCAAUACACAAAGUAUAGAUAGAAAGAUGUUUGUGUGUGAGGGUAGGUGGGCUCUGUCUACUCUGCUUCAUUCUUUGAAACUAGAUGUUCCUCUGAAACCUCUAGUGCUCUGUGGAGUGUGAGAACAACUGCCUGGCUAGCCAGGGCUAUGUUUGGAGUUUAAGUUUGUUAUUCAAAUUACUGAAUCUGCUGCUCACAGAGGUUGGUACCUCCCCAGAGAAUAUUACGUGUUCCAGGCCUUUGUUUGAGUGAGAUAAUAUUGUAACUAUCACAAAAGUUUAGCUUCUUUUGGGAAGAAGUCCAAAAUCCACUUACUAGCAAAUGAAACAUUAUUCUACUGCUUAGGAUCAAACAGCAGAUUUUAUGUUCAAUUAAAACUGACUGUGGUCUCAAUUUAGAUAGCAAACACACAAGCAGAGGAUUAGAAUUUGGCUCAGAUCCUCUUAUUAAAAUUCAUAUUACUCAGUAGCUUAAACAGUGAAAGUCAGUCUAUCCUUCACUAAUUACUCCCUUCUUUUUUCCUUUGAGCAGGAGAAGUGUGUUUGGAUACAUAAGAAGAAAGUUCCCAGCACUUUGGGAGGCCAAGGCAGGAGGAUUGCUUGAGGCCAGGAGUUUGAGUCCAGCCUGGACCACAUAGUGAGACCCCUGUUUCUACAAAAAAAAAAAAAAAAAAUGCCUCGCAUGGUGGCACAUGCCUGUAGUCCCAGCUACGUGGGAGGCUGAGAAGGGAGGAUCACUUGAGCCUGGGAGUUUCAGGCUGCAGUGAGCCAUAAUCACACCACUGCACUCCAGCUUGGGUGACAGAGUGAGACACUGUCUUAAAAAAAAGAAAAGAAUAAAAUUCAUGGAUGCAUAUGGGGUAGAGAGAAAGAUAGUGUAGGGUAGCUGGGGGAAGGAAGGGAACCUGUCCUGAAACCUCCAGAAUGAAAUCCCACACGUUACAUCAUGGGAGGGAUAAGGAAGACUCUCAUGCCAAUUUUCUAGCUGUCUGCUAGAAAAUUCCCCUCUGUUCAUUUCCCCCUCUGUUCUCAGUAAUAAAACCUCAAUAUGUUCUUUGAAAGCAAUGAAAAAUGAAAUGAUAUUUCUGAGCCUUCAUUAAGGUUGGAUGUGGUCAUGUUAUUAGGUUAAGUGCAAAGAGGUGAAAGUAGAAGUGUUGCAUAUAAGUUCUUUAGGACAUUUUCUUUUCUUUUCUUGUAUUUUUUUUUUUCCGAGAUGGAGUCUCGCUUUGUCACCCAGGCUGAAGUGCAAUGGGGGGGGGGGGUCUUGGCUCACUGCAACCUCUGCCUCCUGGGUUCAAGCAAUUCUCCUGCCUCAGCCUCCCAAGUAGCUGGGAUCCCAGGUGCCUGCUACCAUGCCUGGCCUUUUAGUAGAGAUGGGGUUUCACCAUAUUGGCCAGUCUGGUCUUGAACUCCUGAACUCAGGUGAUCAGCCUGCCUUGGCCUCCCAAAGUGCUAGGAUUACAGGCAUGAGCCACCAUGCCUUAUCACACUUUAGAACACUUUUUUAAAUGACGGAUGCUGUGUGCUCUGCCCUUUCUUUCUCUUGCUGCCUUCACCCUUCCUGCUGAGUGGCCUACAGAUAAUGUGGCUAGGAUAAUGUCCUUGGGAAGGGAGGUUUGCUCCACAGGGUACAGUAAUAAGGUGGAAUCUCUGCUUUGUAGAGCAGUUUGACUUGCCUACAUCCAGAUGUUUACCUGAGAGAGAACCAAACUUCUAUCUUCUUUAAGCCACAAUGAUUUUGAUUCUUUGUUAGUUGCAAUGAAAUUUAUUUUCUCUUUUCCAUGUGUGUGUUGUAUGUGUGUUUGUGUGUGUGUGUGUGCAUAUGAGUGGGGAAUUUGAGGGAUUGGGGGAUGAAAGAAUAAAGGUAUAAGAACCAGUGAAAGAUGACUUCCUCAAUAUUCCCACUUCUAGAGAGGAUAAUCUGAGUUAAUCAAAGGGAUCCACACAUGCAAAAAAUGGGAUUGGCUCUAACCCAUCCCUAUAAAGUGGCAUAUCCCUUUAUAGUCCACGGGCCUUAAUGAAACAUGUCUAAUGCAUUGACUUCAUUUUACCAUAAUGAGUAAAGAUGCUGUAAAAAGUCUGAUAAUCACAGUGUUUGAAGCCGUUUUUUCCCCUUUCGCAUUAUUAGCAUAACUUAAAAACACAGUACUCAGGAUGCCAUGUGAAGGAAUUAUAUAACUAGGAAUAUUAUCUUCAGUAUUAAGUGUACAGUAGUGAGUCAAAGAAAAUAUUCAGCCAUAGAUUACAAAUCAGUUGAUAACGUAAGUUGGUGUGGCAGUCUCCACCAAGAUUUCAGUUAGGUGUGUGCUGAUGUAUAUUCUUGUUCUUUAAGGCAACCCAAAAAGAGGCAUUGGCCAGCAGAGUUCAGGGCCAAAGACAAAUUGGGGUAGGUACAUGUAAAAAUCAGUUAUCUAUUUUUCGAUUUCUUUCAUCUGUUCAUAGGCUUUCUAUUGUUGAAGGGACUUUCUGCUGAUGCUUCUACCUUCUUGGUCUGGGUUAAGAGGGUAAGACAUUCAUUCAGCAGCACUUAUUGAGCACCAUUUGUGUGCUAAGCCUUCAGCUGGGAGCCAUCAUACUAGGGGAGACCAAAACAAAGAUGAGCAGACAAUGAAAGAGUUUUGGAUCUGUGUAUCUUAAGCAGAACAUAAAUAAUUUUUUUUUGUAGACCUAAUGCUGAAAAAAACUAUUUGGAAAGCUUCUUUAUGGCUCGAAAAGGGUGCUUUAUAAAUAGCUUUACAAAAAUUGCUUUCUUAUUUUCAUUUACUAUAAUUGUUCUAAUCAAAGCUUAGGGGAAAAAUGUGAUUACUGAAUUUAAAGUUGGUAAUUAAAUGAGUAUACAUAAGAAAUGUAAAUUAAAAGCGAUAAUAUUUUAAGACUAGAAAUUAAAACAUUAGUAUUGUAGUAACAAGUUUCUAUUUUCAAGGACAUUCUAUAAUCUAAAAUUUCAUUUUACAGUGUGUGAAUAACAACAACGCUUGAAAUGAUUAUUUGAAGGCAAUGAAAGAUCAAAAAACUUUAAUCUGAAUAAAAAUUGAAAGCAUACAGUGAAGUCUGAGCUUAUCAGUAAAACAGAACAGUCUAUUGACAUAUCUCCAGUCACCUGUUUGACAAAAUACGCUUACCAAUAUGUUUAUGAUAUAGGUAUGACUGGACAAUACCUUUAACCUUGGGUUUUCUAUGACAGGGGUAAGAAUUUGUGUCUUUAAACAUUGCCUAUGUGCACAGUGCCUUCCCUGUUAAAGCUCUUCUCAUGCUGCCUAUAAUUAGGGGUUUACAUGAUACUUCCUAAUUGCUAAUUAGGAUGUGAAUUCUCAGAAUAAAAGGUACAGAUCUUACUUACAUUUGCAUUAAUACUUCUUGUUCCUUGCAUAUGUUCUGGAAUUCAAUUAAUGUUUAAUCAAUCAAUGCAUAUGUUAUUAGCAUAGUACAAUACUAUGCUUGUCCAGUAUAAAACACACAAAUUCACCUACCCAGAGAGAGGGAGGAAUAGAGACAGUGGAGAAGUCCAACAGUUUGUGUUUUUUUAUUGAUCCUGCAAUUUCUGCCAUUAGAACUUCUUCAGGUUUUCUGCUUCUAGAAACUCCUGAGUAAACAACAUUUGAUUAGCUUGAUGGGGAUCAAAAGAACAACAACAAUAAAAACAAAAACAAAAAAGAGCAAGGUGAAGUUAUCAUGCUUUUUAGCCAUGUGGAACCUUUCAAUAGCUCUCUUAGAUUUGUGGAAUCCCUCUUCUUUGGGCUCUUUUCUCAGAAAGUAGAAGUCAGAACCUCACCUUCCCAAUUUCUCUUGCUGCCAUUGAGAGGUGACAGCGUGCUGGCAGUCCUCACAGCCCUCGCUUGCUCUCGGCGCCUCCUCUGCCUGGGCUCCCACUUUGGCGGCACUUGAGGAGCCCUUCAGCCCGCCGCUGCACUGUGGGAGUCCCUUUCCGGGCUGGCCAAGGCCGGAGCCGGCUCCCUCAGCUUGCUGGGAGGUGUGGAGGGAGAGGCGUGGGCGGGAACCCGGGCUGCGCGCGGUGUUUGCGGGCCAGCGCGAGUUCCGGGUGGGAGUGGGCUCGGAGGACCCUGCACUCGGAGCGACCGAGCGGCCGGGGUAGUGAGGGGCUUAGCACCUGGGCCAGCAGUUGCUGUGCUCAAUUUCUUGCCUGGCCUUAGCUGCCUUGCCUCGGGGCAGGGCUCCGGAUCUGCAGCCCACCAUGCCCGAGCCUCCCCCUACUCCGUGGGCUCCUGUGCGGCCCCAGCCUCCCAGACGAGGGCCGCCCCCUGCUCCAAGGCGCCCAGUCCCAUGGACCACCCAAGGGCUGAGGAGUGCCCGCUGGCGGCACAGGACUGGCAGGCAGCUCCACCUGCAGCCCCUGGUGCGGGAUCCGCUGGGUGAAACCAGCUGGGCUCCUGAGUCUGGUGGGGACGUGGAGAACCUUUAUAUCUAGCUAAGGGAUUGUAAAUACACGAAUCGGCACUUCGUAUCUAGCUCAAGGUUUGUAAACACAGCAAUCAGCACCCUGUGUCUAGCUCAGGGUUUGUGAAUACACCAAUCGACCCUCUGGAUCUAGUUACUCUGGUGGGGACUUGGAGAACCUUUGUGUGGACACUCUGUAUCUAGCUAAUCUGGUAGGGAGGUGGAGAACCUUUGUGUCUAGCUCAGGGAUUGUAAAUACACCAAUUGGCACUCUGUAUCUAGCUCAAGGUUUGUAAACACACCAAUCAGCACCCUGUGUCUAGCUCAGGGUUUGUGAAUGCACCAAUUGGCACUCUGUAUCUAGUUAAUCUGGUGGGGAGGUGGAGAACCUUUGUGUCUAGCUCAGGGAUUAUAAACGCACCAGUCAGCGCCCUGUCAAAACAGACCACUGGGCUCUACCAAUCAUUAAGAUGUGGGUGGGGCCAGAUAAGAGAAUAAAAGCAGGUUGCCUGAGGCAGCACUGGCAACCGUGGAAGGUUUGUUCCUUCGCUCUUUGCAAUAAAUCUUGCUGCCCUCACUCUUUGGGUCCACACUGCCUUUAUGAGCUGUAACACUCACCGCGAAGGUCUGCAGCUUCACUUCUGAAGCCAACGAGACCACGAACCCACUGGGAGGAACGAACAUCUCCAGACGUGCCACCUUAAGAGCUGUAACACUCACCGCGAAGGUCCGCAGCUUCACUCGUGAGACCACGAACCCACCAGAAGAAAGAAACUCCGAACAUCAGAAGGAAACAACUCCGGACACGCCGCCUUUAAGAACUGUUAACACUCACCGCGAGGGUCCGCGGCUUCAUUCUUGAAGUCAGUGAGACCAAGAACCCACCAAUUCCGGACACACCAUGGUACAAGGACUCUGCCAAUCAGAUGCAGUCAUAAAACAUGGACUCCACUCUGCUGAGCUUGAGGGAGGCAGCAGCGACAGGCAUCCAUGGGUGCCAUCCUGGGGUGGCAUUGUGGGGGGGCAUUGGUGGUGCUAUUGCCAGUGCCAGUGGCUGUCGGAUCUCUGGAACAGUCAAGCGUAGCUUCUGAACCUGAUUUUCUGGCCCUCCGAGAUUCUAUUAAAUAUCUAAUAUUUUUAAAAUAAAUUUCUUUUUUUCUUAAAGUAGCUAGAAUUUUUAAAAAGAAGCCUAACUGAAAAACAGUAUAUAAAAAGACACGCGAAAAGCAAGAAAACUUUGAUAAAAGAGAAGAAGAAAGAAAGGCAGAGAAUUACUCUUAAUCAGAAGACUAGGAACAAUUGAAUGUUUAUACUAGAUACGGAUUAAACAAAGGUUUAUUAAGCUCUUAGUACAUAACAUACAUCAUGUGGGCACUUUCUCAUUCAUUUCCUUAUUUCAUGCUGUCUACAAUUUUAUAAGAAAGGUAGACUUAUUAUUUUUAAAAACAAGAGAUUUAAGACCCUAAAAAGUUGUUGUGUUGAACGAACUAGGAAUCAAAUCCAGGUUUCUACUUUCAGUCUCAUGGUCUCUGUGCUACACCAGAAUGCCCUUCACUACAGUCUCAGCUAAGUACAAUACUGAAAAUUAUGCUGAAUAUUACAUUUUAGUUUUAAGGCUUCUAGGCAUUAAAAUGAACAGAAGUAGGUAGUAGAUACAUGCUUGAUAACUCUAUCCAGGCCAGAAGGUCUUAUGACAAAGAAGUAUGAUGCCAUAACAUUAUUUCAGAACUUUGGUCAGAUAACAGUAAUUCAAGCCUUAAGUAGUUUCUUAAUUUGUUUGAACACAAAAAACACCUGGCUGAAAUUUCUGACCAUCCUUAGAAUUUGAAAUAGUGCCAAUCAAUUUAUUUUGUUUCAUUUUUAGAAAUAUUCUUUGACAAGAACUCAGCAUUCACUGAGAGCAUAAAAGAUUUGAUACUUCUCUCUGGCUGCUUAAGAAAUAAAAGAUAAGAAAACACACUGAUUUUUGAAAAUAGCCAACCUAUAUGGAGGCGAAAUGUGUAAAUUAAGGGAAAAAGAAAUUGGCUGAGAACCUGCUACACAAUGACAUAACAAAGUUUUUCUUGUCUCUUCAAGAUGUUUCCUAAGAUUAAUAAGAUCAGUUUUACCUGGAAAGAAAAAUAACACUUUAAUUAAUAACUAUAAAAAUUUAAUGUUUAUAAAACCGCUAAUAUAGGAUUCAUUAAAUACAAAUGAAUAUCAAUGUAUUGGGCAUAUCCAAGAGACUACUGGAUAAAUUGUUACAUUAUAGAAAACUUUUCAAACAUAAGCUAGAGGGCAGCAACGUACCAUUAAACAGUGUUGGUGGCUCAGAAUUCAGAGCAAAGCUGAAUAUUAAACAUAAAAGUAACUGGAUUUUCAAUCUAGUUACUUUGAAUAAAUGAAAAUUGAAAAAAUGUAUUAGAAAUACUAACAGCAGAAAGGCAUUCCCAAUCACAUGACUUGCAUUUGAAUAUUUUUAGGUUAAUAGAUAUUAAAUACAGGCUCAAUAUCAGAGGGGAGGGGGGGAAAGGAGUGUUGACAGGAUAUGAUAUUACCAAUAUUUAAGGGUAUAUUCAAGAGACGUAGAAAUAUGAAACCAUAGAAAUAUUAGCUGCAUUCUGUAAUGCCUAAAAUUAAUCUAAAUGUCUUAAAUUUUGGAUGACUCUACAAUAGAUUU